AUGCUGAUAGUUGCAAUACCAAUCUCAGCCAGGUUUAUACCAUUUCUUGCCUUGAGUAGCACAUCGGCAUACGUCACCCCCCGCUCCACCGCCUCCCUCCGCAAUGUGAUGACCACUGCGGAAGUUUUCGGCGGAGUGAGCGAAGGCUGCACCCUGACAGACCUCUCUAUAACUGCCACUCGCCCAGCCGAGGGCCCUGCGCCGCGACUCACUCCAUGGUCCUCUGACCGGCCAACACGGCCACUUCCCCCACUCACAGGGGGAAGGACCGGCACAGCGGGAGAACCACCCUUCUUUCCCUUACCCUUCUUUUUUGCUGACGGUCGCCCAGCUUCCGUCACUAGGGACCCCCAGAGACCCGGGGCCCCGAAAGACCUGGGGCCUCCGGGACUCUGCUCCCCUCUAAAUCUUCGGGACCCUGGGUCCCCACCACAUUCGGAGCCACCGUGCCCCGACCCCCCAACGAACCCUCACGGGUGCUUGAGCCCAGGGGCCCUGCGAAAUUCGGGGCCACCGGCCCCCCCUCUCCACAAAACGCUCAGGGGCUCCCGGACCACGGGCCGAUGCCGCCAGCGGAGGACGCAGCACAGGCUCAGGGAGGAGCCUGUCCCCAAUCCCCGCAAGCUUGGCAUCUAG